AUGAUUGAUACAGAACAAUGGAUAAAGAAAUAUUUUCGUAAUGAUACUCGAUUGUCUCAUUGUAUUUCAUCACUUCGUCUAACUGGUCGACAAAUGAACAUUCUUUCAAAAUAUAAUAUUCAAUUGAUUCAGCUUGAAUCAUUUCAUAUUAUUAAUAUUGAAGACAAUACUGUGUUAUUUAUUGAUCUACUGAAGAUAGCGCCAUUAUUACGUUCGUUAUCCCUUGAAUAUUCAUCCGAUGACAUGUCUCAUGAUGACACUUGUUGUUUAGCUAGAAUAUUAUUUAAUAAUAACGGUGCAUGGCAGCAACAACUUCAAUCAUUAUCAAUUAAUAAAAUUUAUAUUCCAUUUGGUUUUCAAAGUGUACAACUGAUGACUAAUUUAGAACAUUUGAAAAUUAAUAUUCGAUACGAAAAACAAUUAUUUGAUUUAUGUUGUUCUUUCCCUCAUCUUAAAUCAUUUCAUGUUGUUGUUCGAGAUUCAUCGUCUAACUCAUUUGAUCAAUUAAUGAAUAUUUCUAAUGUCUCGAAAUGUUUAAAAAAGCUGAUUAUCAUUGGAAAAUUUUCUUCUUAUUUGACAUUAUAUAAAUUUAUUUUAAUGUAUCAAUCAUCUUUAGAAGAUUUAACAUUGAAAAAUAUCUAUCAUCCAGAUCUAAUCAAUGGUCAGCAAUUACAAUCAGAACUUAUUAAACAUCUAUAUUCACUUAUUCACUUUCGAUUUCACUUACAAUUUCCAAUUAAAACAGAAGAAUUUCAUAAGAAAAAUUAUUUACAAACAUUUGAUUGGAUACCUAUCAUGUUUGAUUCUAAAAUCGAUAAUGAGUUAACAGUCAUCACGGUUUCGUCAUUUUCAAUUCAGAAUUGA